GAAAAGUCUUCGUGCACAUUGAUAUAGAACGCAAAGGUGAAGAAAAUGGCGAGCUCUUCCAGGAAGAGAAUAUUGGUAGGUUGCACAGGUAGCGUUGCCACGAUUAAACUACCGCAGCUGGUGGAGAUGCUGCGGCAGAAUAAUCUGGAGGUGAGGGUGGUCGUGACGGAGAGGGCCAAGCACUUCCUCAAGGAUGUUAAGCUGCCGCCCGAGGUCCAGAUCUUGUCCGACACAGUGGAGUGGGCUGCCUGGCAGGAUCGUGGCGAUCCAGUGCUGCACAUAGACCUGGUGAAAUGGGCGGAUGUAUUUGUGUUAGCUCCAUUGGAUGCCAAUACCCUGGGCAAGAUUGCCAGCGGCAUAUGCGACAAUAUCGUUACCUGCGUGGCACGCGCAUGGGACCCUAUGAAGCCGCUCCUCUUUUGUCCAGCUAUGAACACCAAGAUGUGGGAGCAUCCUGUUACAAUGCCUCAAAUAUCGCUGCUUAAGUCCUGGGGUUACAAGGAAGUACAUUGCGUGUCCAAGACGCUGAUGUGCGGCGACACGGGGAUGGGCGGGAUGGCCGAGGUGGACACAAUCGUGCGAGCUGUUCUGCGAGCCUUAAAUCCCUGGAUGGAUCGAGAAGAUCGAGAUUUGUGUCCCUAGCAGCGGCUGAGAUCGGCCUCUUCGUGCGAGUAUCGUCGACGACAACGCGAGUAUCGAUGAAGCUUCGUCACGACGAGAGCGCGAUCUAAAGUGAUCUCCAAAGACGCGCUAUGGUGCGAUUCGAACAUACGCUUAAUAAAAUACACGCCAGUGUCGCUUAUCUCUAACACAAGAAUUGGGACGAGCCUAAGGCCUGAAUCUCGGGCUAUAUAUGGAUCAUCAUGUGAUGGAGAGUUUACGUUUAUCAGUGAAAAUCAUCUAUAAAGUUAUCUCGAAUUGUGUUGUUCACUGAGAAUUUUAUUCUUUUGUUGCUCUUAUUGCUAGGAGUAACUAUGUCAUCCUAAAAUCAUUGUUAUUAGAGUCUAUAUAAGCUGCGUAAAUAGCGAAACCUGAGUUUGAACGCAUCAUGGUCGUCAUAUCCUUUGCUCAACCUGAAAUAAAUCAAUCGUGAGGAACAAAUGAAAUAAUCGUAAUUUUAUCUGUCCAGUUGAUGAAAUGCGAUGUAUAAAAAUGCUAUAAAAGAAUGGAAAAAGUUCUGUUGACAUAUCCUAAAGUUGAUCCGCUGAAAUGUACAAUGCUUUUGUUAAAUAUAUAAACAAUAAAAAAAAAUAUAUAUAUAUAAUAUAUGAAUAACAAA